CAGUUUCACAGUCAUGCCCUAUGGGGAAGUCAGCAUCACAAUUGAUGCUCAGUCAUCUCUGGAAAGGGUAACAGAGAUAGCUGUUGUUGGUCCUCCUGGCCUCUGGAUGUCUGCGUUGACAGGGGACCAAAGUGCAGGAUCUUCUGCCUCAAUCAGCAUUGUCUGGGUUAGAAGCCCCAAUAACCUUCCUCACCUACUACCAAUCUGUUUCACGGCCAACACCAACAGCCUGCAGUCGGAUUUCAGAUGUGUGUGGAUCGAACAAAAAACCAUGGACCCCUUACCUCCAGGAACAGUGCUGGAGUGUGGGCAAAAGGAAAUGAAUCUGGUUCUUCCAUUGUCAUCCCUCCAUGACCUCCCUCUGUCCGAUCUCCAGCUCAAUGACGCCUCCUGCCCCAUAUUGAAUAACGACACGCACUUGAUGGCACAAAUCUCUCUCACUGGUUGUGGCACCAAAAUUGUGCAUUCAGGCUGGGAGCUGGUCUAUACCAACACCCUCCGGAGUGUGCGUCCCCCCUCCACAAUUAGCCGGUUCCCUUCACUGGUCCUGCCCCUCGCCUGUCGCCUGCCGGCGCUCCAGAGGCAGGCUCCGGCCUACAGCAUCUCUGUCCCCAUAGAGGAGGAGGCCUUUGGUGCUGUGCACUUCUGGUUGGAGUUCCACAGGCCAGGCCAGGGGCCCCUGGGCAACCAGACGCGUUUCAUGAGCACUCAGGUCAAGGAGGCCACCUUGGGGGUACAGAGCGCCAGCCACCUGGAAAUGCUGGACCUACAUGUCUUCUCUGACUGCCAGCUGGAGCGUGCCGAGUUGAUGGUGGGCACUUGCAUGAAGUCGGAAACGCCCGACUUCCAGGUUGCCCACCCAAUCCUGCAGAAUGGGUGUGUGAGUGACAACACAACUCUGGAGCUCCUCAUCCAGAAUUCCAUGGUCAAAGUGUUUCGCAUUAAUCUGCCUGCUCUGGGGAACAGUGGAAGCACAAUGUAUGUGGAGUGUAAGGUGCACCUGUGUGUUACCAUGAAGCCAUCACAGAAAUGUCCAGAUGAGUGUGGAGGCAGUAUGGAUCGCUUGAUGCUCCAGAAGACAACUGUACUGUGGUCAUGGGUCUGGCCAUGGGGAUCCUUCACAUGCUUCUGCGGUCCCUCCUCCAUUAAUUACAUCAUCAGACCGUCUUACGGUCACUCCCCCUCCUCCUGCCUGACAAACAAGUCUGUCUACCCCACACAGAGGGAGAAGGAUGUAGAGCGUCCACCUCAUCUGACCAAUCAAAUGUCUGUGAUCUGA